UCUUCGUUCAGCCCCAAAAAGAGAAAACGCAAUUACAAGGGCUUUUCAGAGGUUUAAGGAAACCCGCUUUCAGUAAAACCUCUCUAAAAUUCCAACAUGAGAAAAGCUUCAAUCUCACUUCUUUCCCACCUCUCUCGUUACAAACUCAAUUCCUUUGCCCCUCUUCUUUGUAGAAAUUACGUAUCCAGUCCUUCUUCUCCUUCUUUUUCUUCCUCACCACUCAUCUCACCCACUCAUCUCAAGCCCUGCGCCAAAACUCAUGGCUUAUUGCUCAAGUCCAACCAAUUUAGGACAAACCCAGUUCGAAAUAUGGACACCCUUGUUGAGAAACCAGACCAGUUGUCCUCUGGGCAGGGAAAAAUCCAGAAAAAAUCUGAGCUUGAAAAGGCUUUUGAUUCUGCAAUGACCUCGGAGGAAAUGCUCAAGGCUUUUAAAGACAUGGAGUCAGAUUUUGAUGAGAAAGAGCUAGGGUUUUAUUCCUGGAGAGUGGGCGCCCAACUAGCCGAGGAAGACGAAGAUCCUGAAAAAAUUCUAUCUUUUGCAAAGAGAGCUUUGAAAGUUUUUGAAAAAGAUGAUCAACUGUCUUCUUCAGUAAUUGCCCACGUUUAUCUUAUAAUGGGUUCUGCUAAUUGUAGAUUGAAAAGGUUUGCUGGUAGUUUGGGGUACCUUAAUAGGGCUUAUAGGAUCUUGGAUAGGUUUGAACCAAAUGAUUUUUGUGAUGAGGAUUUUAGGCGGAUGAUUUUCCCACUGCAAUCUGUGCUGGCCGAAGUGAAGGUGGCGAUUGGGAGGACAGGGGAGGCUCUAGAGCAUCUUAGGAAGUGUGUGGAGUUUAAGGAGGAAGUGUUGGGAAAAGAUAGCAGGGAAGUGGGUUUAGCAAACCGGGAUUUGGCUCAAUUAUAUGUUUCAUACUUAGAAUUUAAGGAGGCCUUGCCAUACUGUUUGAAGGCAUUGGAGAUACAUAAGAAACACUUGGACCAGAAUUCGGUGGAUGUUGCGUAUGCUAGGAGGCUUCUUGGGGUUAUCUGUACUGGGUUAGAGGAGCAUGAAAAGGCGUUGGAGCAGAAUGAGUUGUCGCGGAAGAUUAUGAAUAAUUGGGUUCAAAGUUCUGAUUUGAUCCAUUUGGAGAUUUUAGCUGCUAAUGUGCAGAUUGGACUUGGGAAUUAUGAAACUGCUAUUAAUACUUUGAGGGGUGUUGUUGAGAUGACAGAUGAGGAUAGUAUGACUCGGGCAUCGGUGUUUAUCUCGAUGGGGAAAGCGUUGUCUAAUCAAGAAAAAUUUGCAGACUCAAAAAGGUGUUUGGAGAUUGCUUGUGGAAUCCUUGACAAGAAAGAGACGGCCUCUCCGGUGGAAGUUGCUGAGGCAUACUCAAAGAUCUCAAUUCAAUACGAAAAGAUGGAAGAGUUUGAAACUGCGAUUUCAUUGUUAAAGAGACCAGUAGCUUUUCUUCAAAAGCUCCCGCAAGAACAGCCCACCAAAGGAAAAGUCAAUGCAAUAAUAGGGUUGUUGCUUUUUUGGACAGAUAAGAUGGCAGAGGCUAUUCCUCACUUAGAGUUGGCAGCGUCAAUUUUGAAAAAGUGCUAUGGUCCCAAGCAUCUUAUGGUUGGGUAUAUCUAUAACAAUUUGGGCGUAGCAUAUUUGGUGCUAGAGAGCCGCCAUGGAUGUAUCUCUUGCCCCUCAGCUGCUCAGACGUUAGCUGUUGCAAAGGACAUCAUGGGUGAAUCUCUUGGCUCUCAUCAUGUAGAUUCAAUUACGGCAUGUCAGAACCUUUCAACAGCUUAUGCUUUCGUGGGAAGCUAUGGUCUGGCAAUAGAAUUCCUGCAGCAAGUCAUUGAUGGCAUGGAAAGCUAUGGCCCAAGUGCAGAGGAUGAUCUCAGACAAGCCCACCGACGUCUCGAACAGCUUAAGAAAAAAACCUGCAGUGAACCGCUGUUAGACAAGUUUCCGGUAAAUGUAUUCCCCUUGCGAAUGCCCUAUGACUCAUACUAAUGACUCUUCUAGGAGCUCACAACCUGAUAUUUUGUUGGUCAAUAUCAAUCCAGCAGAUCUACUUCAUAGUCUAUAACACUGCUACAUGCUCUAACGUUUAGGUGUCUCACAUCAAACUGAUAUUCCCACUGUUUUUUUGUCCUCUAUGGGAGUAAUGGAUUGUAUGUCAAGCAAGCCACAAUCUAGUUUUAAUUAUGCAUGUGAGCCAGGGAUUGCCUAUGAUCAUUUUUGAGGGGUAGGAAACCGUUUACCCUUAUGAUAGUAAAAUUUUGUAUAUUUCUUGGCAUUUUAUUAUAAUGAUCAUAUAUAUCUACAA